AUGGAAGGUGGUAAUUGGCAUGUAUGGAAGGCCACAGCGGCUGUUUACAACUCACAGGACCCUGUGAGCUUUCUGUUCGCCCUGUCAACGCUUCUCCCCAUUGUUGUUCUGAUUUUUCUUGCGGGUAUGGCUUCGGCCACGCUCUCCCCGCGACAGGCACCCGCGCUUGUGCUCCUUUUGGGCCUCGUGUACAAUGCGUUGCUUAACGCCGUGUUGAAGGCUCUCGUUCGCAGCCCACGGCCGCCCAGUCCUGUGGGUAGAGAAACGCACCAAGGUGCCUCAAGUGCCCACGGGAUGCCUAGCGAUCAUUCACAGUUCAUGUUUUUCUUCGUGAGUUGGCUUAUGCGAAAGGCUGACGUGAGCGGUAUCGCAAUGACCCUCACCAUGCGAGGAUUUCUUAUCCUGGCUGCCGUUGUUGUGGCGUACGGGCGUGUGUACAACGGAUUUCAUAACUUUCCGCAGGUACUGGUGGGGGCUUUGGUUGGCAUCGUUAACGCCUACCUGUGCACGACACCUCUUGGCGAGAGAGUGCUGCAGCAGCUGGCGGUGAUGGUGGUGCCGAUCAGGGAUUUCUGCACCAUGUGGACCCUAUAUAUUAUUUGA